GCGCACGCGCACUGCGCUCCCCUCCCCUGCGCGAGGCGGCGGCUGGAGACCGCCAUCUUGGCCACUGGCGGUAAGAACACGUUGUGCGGCUGAGGCGUGAAGGCGAGCGCUGCUUUGGCUCCCGCACGCCCCACUGUAAGGGGACCGUUGUCUCCAGGAGAGCCCGAUAUUCUUUGUUACAAUUAUGGCAGACAAAUUAACAAGAAUUGCUAUUGUCAACCAUGACAAAUGCAAACCUAAGAAAUGUCGACAGGAGUGCAAGAAGAGCUGCCCUGUGGUUCGAAUGGGAAAAUUAUGCAUAGAGGUUACACCCCAGAGCAAAAUAGCAUGGAUUUCUGAGACUCUCUGUAUUGGUUGUGGUAUUUGUAUUAAGAAAUGCCCCUUUGGCGCCUUAUCAAUUGUCAAUUUGCCAAGCAACUUGGAAAAAGAAACAACGCAUCGAUAUUGUGCCAAUGCUUUCAAGCUUCACAGAUUGCCUAUCCCUCGUCCAGGUGAAGUUUUGGGAUUAGUUGGAACUAAUGGUAUUGGAAAGUCAACUGCAUUAAAAAUUUUAGCAGGAAAGCAAAAGCCAAACCUUGGAAAGUAUGAUGAUCCGCCUGAUUGGCAAGAAAUCUUGACUUAUUUCCGUGGAUCUGAAUUACAAAAUUAUUUCACCAAAAUUCUAGAAGAUGACCUAAAAGCCAUUAUCAAACCUCAAUAUGUAGACCAAAUUCCCAAGGCUGCAAAGGGGACAGUGGGGUCUAUUUUGGACCGAAAAGAUGAAACAAAGACACAGGCAAUUGUAUGUCAGCAACUUGAUUUAACUCACCUUAAAGAACGAAAUGUUGAAGAUCUUUCAGGAGGAGAGUUGCAGAGAUUUGCUUGUGCUGUCGUUUGCAUACAAAAAGCUGAUAUUUUUAUGUUUGAUGAACCUUCCAGUUACCUCGAUGUCAAGCAGCGUUUAAAAGCUGCCAUUACUAUUCGAUCUCUAAUAAAUCCAGAUAGAUAUAUCAUUGUGGUGGAACAUGAUCUAAGUGUAUUAGACUAUCUCUCUGACUUCAUCUGCUGUUUAUAUGGUGUACCGAGUGCUUAUGGUGUUGUCACUAUGCCUUUUAGUGUAAGAGAAGGCAUAAACAUUUUUUUGGAUGGCUAUGUUCCAACAGAAAACUUGAGGUUCAGGGAUGCAUCACUUGUUUUCAAGGUAGCUGAGACAGCAAAUGAAGAAGAAGUUAAAAAGAUGUGUAUGUAUAAAUAUCCUGGGAUGAAGAAAAAGAUGGGAGAGUUCGAGCUAGCGAUUGUAGCUGGAGAGUUUACAGAUUCUGAAAUCAUGGUGAUGCUGGGGGAAAACGGUACAGGCAAAACCACAUUUAUCAGAAUGCUUGCUGGAAGGCUUAAACCUGACGAAGGAGGAGAAGUACCAGUUCUGAAUGUCAGUUAUAAGCCACAGAAAAUCAGUCCCAAAUCAACAGGAAGUGUUCGCCAGUUACUACAUGAAAAGAUCCGAGAUGCUUACACUCAUCCUCAGUUUGUGACUGAUGUAAUGAAGCCCCUACAGAUUGAAAACAUCAUUGAUCAAGAGGUGCAGACAUUGUCUGGUGGUGAACUUCAACGGGUAGCUUUAGCUCUUUGUUUGGGCAAACCUGCUGAUGUCUAUUUAAUUGAUGAACCGUCUGCAUAUUUAGAUUCUGAACAAAGAUUAAUGGCAGCCCGGGUCGUCAAACGUUUCAUACUCCAUGCAAAGAAGACAGCUUUUGUUGUGGAACAUGACUUCAUCAUGGCCACCUAUCUAGCAGAUCGCGUCAUCGUGUUUGAUGGUGUUCCAUCUAAGAACACAGUUGCAAACAGUCCUCAAACUCUUUUGGCUGGCAUGAACAAGUUUUUAUCUCAGCUGGAGAUUACAUUCAGAAGAGAUCCCAACAACUACAGACCACGAAUAAACAAGCUCAAUUCAAUCAAGGAUGUAGAACAAAAGAAGAGUGGAAACUACUUUUUCUUGGAUGAUUAGAUUGAAUCUGAGAUUAUCAAUAAGCCAUUUACUUACUGGGAUUUUUAUCAUACAAAACUUCGAUCAGGUUUUAUGGCCCCACAUACUCUGGAGCUUGAAGUAUGAUUUUCUUAAUGUGACAUCAAAAGCCAGUUGUCUUGUAAAUUGUUAUUUAAGAACUUUUCUGUUCUUAAACCUCUGUGCAUACUUCGCUAAAUGGAGACAUUUCAAAUACGUAAAUAACCUCUAGAUUCUCAUGAUCUGCGAGGAGAUUUUCAGUUGUAUAUUAUAUUUAUGUACUAGAUGCUUGCUGGUGUUGCCCAUCUUUAAAAUCUUGGAUAAAAUCUGUAUUACCUGUUUGCUAAGUGUACCAGCAUAAUGAAAUUUGCCAUAUUUAAAAGCCAGUCAAAGACUACACUGCUAAGGUCCGAUAAAUAAACAUCAGGAUUAUAUUUGC